GGAAAGAGCGCACGGCAACGUAAAGCGACCGCGUGACGUCAUCGAGCCGCGCCCCCCCCAGCUUUCACUUUCUUUGCGCUGUCACUAUGGAGACGGAAGGGACCCGGUUACCGGAGAGGCUCCAGCGGAGGGAGGAGGAGAGGCAACGGGAAACGGAGAAGAAGCGGCAGGCGAAGGACAACCAGGCCGUGCAGGAGGAGAAGAGCGGGUACUUCAACUCCAGCUUCGGCUUGGAGAGAGCCGCCAUUGAGGAGGUGUUGUCCGGGGAGGAUUCCGGGCUGGGGGCCGAGGUUCUGGAUGAGGUGUCCGGGCGGGUCCAGCGGCUGCAGAAGCUUCUGAAUGAUAGUAUGAUGUUCCUGCCGUCCUAUGACAUCCGCCAGGCCCAGGAGCACAUCACCCGGUUACAGGCCGCCCUGGACGCCCGGCGGCAGCAGCUCCAGCCCAAGAAGAAAUUCGCCUUCAAGGCCCGGAAGAAGGAGGCUCCAGUAGGGUCGGCGUCCACCAUCCAGCCUCCACCUGCAGCGCCCCAGGUCAAGGAGACCCAGGCCCAGCCCGAAGCCCAAUGCGGCCUCCAGGACCUCAGCGGACAAGUUCUGUUUAUGAAGUCUGAGGAAAUCCGGCAGAAAGACGUACAGCUGAGCCGCCUCCGCGACUGCACCGUCACCCUGACCGGCAGCCCUGCCACCCUGCACGUCCGGGACCUAAGCGGGUGUAAGGUACUAUGUGGCCCGGUGGCCACCUCCAUAUUCGUCAACAACUGCACCGACUGCCUCUUCGCCUUCUCCUGCCAACAGCUCCGCACCCACAGCACCACCGACAGCCGCUUCUACCUGCACGUCACCAGCCGCGCCAUCAUAGAGGACUGCAGCGGCCUCCUGUACGCCCCCUUCACCUGGAGCUACCCCGACAUACAACAAGACUACGAGCUGGCCGGCCUGGACCAAAGCCGCAACAACUGGGAUUUGGUGGAUGACUUCAACUGGCUGGCCAUGGACGUCAAGUCCCCCAACUGGAAAAUCAUCCCCGAGGAGGACAGGAUCACCUACUGGAACUGAGAUCUCAGUGUAUAUCCGUAUACAUCGAGUCACGUGGAGACCUUCCCUAUAUAACGCUUGUGGAGUCACCGUAUAUUGUAUCUUCACUAAUAGAAGCGUAUUUAUUAUUAUGGAACUGCAGAUGCCAAACUGAUAUUAGGUGUAAUUUGACUCCUGUAUGAUCCUGUUGAAAGUAAUAUAUACAAGUGAGCCCGCUGCUGCCCAGGAUCACUUAUGUCAGUGUUUCCCAACCAGAAUGCCUCCAGCUUUUGCAAAACUGUCUGGGCAUGUUGGCAGUUGCAGUUUUGCAACAGCUGGAGGCACUCUGGGAAACACUGAAAUGUGGUAUCCGAUCUUUUACUAGUGACAUCUGGUGAUUCCAUUAAAUUCUUUUGACAUAUCCAAAGUUCUUAUUUCGGCACCGACACCCCAACCAAUCUGUAGAACGAGCCAGGAGAAGCCUGUGCUUAAGUGCUUCACUCCCCAGCUCCCUGCAAUCCCUUUUCAGCUUCUCUGGACAGAUCAGCCCCAUAGACUUAAAAUGGGGCUGCAGGAACUGAAGCGCUUAAGCCAGUGUUUCCCAAUCGGGGUGCCUCAAGGAGUUGCAAAACUACAACUCCCAGCGUGCCUGGACAGCCAAAGGCUCUAUGGAUUUGCUGGUAGAUUUGCAAUAUAAUCACAGCAGUCACCAAAAAUACUUCAAGUGGUCAAAUUGGCAAGUAUAUCACAGCCCUUAUAGACCCGUGUUUAGAUUACUUAAAACAACUA